AUGGCAGCCGAUCUAUCCUCGUUCCAAAGGCAUGACUCCGCUGUCCACAACAUCUUUGGAGAUGCCCCUACCCUUGAAGUGCUUCUCGAGAAUAAAGACUAUCAGUUUGCCCACGAGGCAGGUGUCUUUAUCCCAUCAGACAAUGAAGACACUCUAUAUGUGACGAGCAACUUCAUCACGGACCAGGAAACCAGGCAAAAAAGGACCCAAAUCUCCCGGGUCGUGUUGCCCAAGGAUGGGUCCAAGGCGCGCGCCGAGGAGAUCAAUCCGCCUACCGUGCUACCACUGCCAAACGGAGGCGUCAACUAUCUGCACGGCAUCGUCAUGCUUGUGGAUAAAUUCAUCAGCCGUCCAUUCAACUCUCCUAACGACGUUGUUGCACACAAAGAUGGAUCGCUCUGGUUCACGGAUCCCAAAUAUGGAUCCGAACAGGGUAUUCGGCCUCCUCCGAGGCUUCCCCAGCAGGUCUACAGGUUUGACCCCAAGACAAAUUCAAUCCGUGUCAUGGCGGAUGGCUUCGGACGACCAAACGGAAUAGCAUUCAGCCCGGACCAGAAGAUUAUCUACAUCACGGAUACAGAUUCGACCCAUGGCGAUGGAUCCAAGGACGAGAGCCGAGUAUCGCAAAUUUAUGCCUUUGACGUGACAGACCAGCCAUUCCUCACCAACAGAAGGGUCUUUGCCAUGGCCGAUGUGGGAAUUCCCGACGGGAUCAAGACGGACCAGGAAGGUAAUGUCUAUAGUGGCUGCGGUGACGGCAUUAAUAUCUGGUCCCCGGGAGGCGUCUUGUUGGGCAAGAUCUUGAUCGAGGGCGGCGCAGCGAAUUUCUGUUUUGGCCGCGACGGGCAGAUGUUUAUCUUGAAUGAGAACAAGAUCUGGGUGGCUCAACUAGGGGGUCGCACCAAAGGGGCUCUCUUGAACAUUUGA